GACCUCUAUUGGAGCUGUUGUCGUUCAUAACGGAGCGGAUAGGUGGGACCGAGAUAGAGGAAAAUACGUGCUAGUAGCAGUAGGGGUGUAAUUCACGCACUGAAGUGGUGCAACUGAGUAAUUUACUUGUAACAGGCUCUGGAAUGUUGAAAGUUCCCCAUCUUAUUUGCUUUUGUUAGCCGAGCAAGUGUCAGUGGCAACAGAAGAUUGGAGCCCAAAGAGAGAGGAGCUGCCUUCAGCCAAACGUCGGGCUCUCUGUAGGUCCUGUUGCAACAGUUUCACAGCAGGUUAAUCCCACCCUUCCGCCAAAAUCCGGCUGUUAGAUGUGACCACGAGGUUGAUCAGGAGAAGCCACCAUGUCUUAAACACAGAUGGGGCUGGUGGAGCCUCAUCCCUGCACCCCGGCCCACCUUCCUCUUCCCCCAUCCACCACCUUACCCCUUCUCCAAGUCCCAUCCCAUUCCCAGACCUUUCUGGACAUGCGAGGGACCAGCUGCCUAACCCUGGCUCCCCCCUGGCACACCCCUCCCCUCCCUUGAGAGAGAUGAGUCUGCAGAAGCACCAGCAGCUUGUUCGUGGUAGCGGUGAAGUGAUGGGAUCUGACAGGGACCUGCAGUCCACUGCUUCCUCCAUUUCCCUGCCGUCUGUGAAGAAAGCCCCCAAGAAGAGGCGCCUCUCCCUGGCUGCUCUUUUCAGACGGCGCGGGAGAGAGUCAAAAUCAGGGCGCCAAAGGUCCAGAGAGCUCCAGCACUCUGGACCUGGAGGACUUGGCUGGGUGGAUGGCAUUGCUAGCAUUGAGAGUAUCCACUCUGACAUGUGUAAUGAAAAAAACUCUGCCUUCUUCUCUGUGGCUGGGACCGGAGAAGCCUCUGCUGCUGCUGCUCCUGCUGCCGCUGCCGCUGCCGCCGCCUCCGCCUCAUCUGCCUCAGGGCCUUCAUCCUCUACCUCCUCCUCCAAAGGGGGUGAAGGGGUGGCAGGAGAGCUUCUGGAGUGCCCGCUGUGCCUUCUGCGUCACUCUAGAGAGAGCUUCCCUGACAUCAUGACCUGUCACCACCGCUCCUGCAUUGACUGCUUGCGCCAGUACCUUCGCAUUGAGAUCUCCGAAUCACGCGUCAACAUUAGCUGCCCCGAGUGCUCAGAAAGAUUCAACCCACACGACAUCCGCAUGAUCCUGGGUGACAGGGCGCUAAUGGAAAAGUAUGAGGAAUUCAUGCUGAGGAGAUGGCUGGUGGCUGACCCUGACUGCCGCUGGUGCCCUGCUCCGGACUGUGGAUAUGCAGUGAUCGCCUUUGGGUGUGCCAGCUGUCCUAAGAUCACAUGUGGCAGGGAGGGCUGUGGUACAGAGUUCUGUUACCACUGUAAGCAGUUGUGGCAUCCCAACCAAACCUGUGAUGCAGCACGGCAGCAGAGGGCCCAGAGCCUCCGCCUGAGGACCGUUCGCUCAUCAUCCCUGAGCUACAGCCAAGAAAGUGGAGCUGCAGCUGAUGACAUCAAGCCAUGUCCACGAUGUGCUGCCUACAUAAUCAAGAUGAAUGACGGCAGCUGUAACCACAUGACAUGUGCCGUCUGUGGCUGCGAGUUCUGUUGGCUCUGCAUGAAGGAAAUCUCAGAUCUGCACUACCUGAGUCCAUCAGGCUGUACCUUCUGGGGUAAGAAGCCAUGGAGCAGGAAGAAGAAGAUUCUGUGGCAAUUGGGAACACUUGUUGGCGCCCCAGUCGGCAUCGCACUCAUAGCUGGCAUUGCUAUCCCCGCCAUGAUUAUUGGCAUUCCUGUGUACAUUGGGAGGAAGAUCCACAACCGUUAUGAAGGGAAAGAUAUAUCGAACCACAAGAGGAACCUGGUGAUUGCGGGUGGUGUGACUCUCUCUAUCAUUGUGUCUCCAGUGGUGGCUGCAGUCACUGUUGGCAUUGGUGUUCCCAUAAUGCUUGCCUAUGUCUACGGAGUGGUGCCUAUCUCUCUGUGUCGAAGCGGAGGCUGCGGAGUUUCAACUGGGAACGGCAAAGGAGUUCGGAUAGAGUUUGACGAUGAAAACGAUAUGAAUGUUGGCAGUGGAGCUGCAGCCACUGAUACCACAUCAGUGGCAGACAACCGGAACGAUCCCAGCAUAGGUGAAGGGAGUGUUGGGGGAUUGACUGGCAGCCUGAGUGCCAGUGGCAGCCACAUGGAUCGUCUGGGGGCCAUCAGGGACAACCUUAGCGAGACGGCUUCCACCAUGGCCUUGGCUGGCGCUAGCAUCACUGGCAGCCUGUCUGGCAGUGCCAUGGUUAAUUAUUUAAACAGGCUGGAGGUGCAGGCCGAUGUGCAGAAGGAGCGGUGCAGUCUCAGUGGGGAAUCUGGCACCGUUAGCCUGGGUACAAUUAGUGACAAUGCUAGCACCAAAGCAAUGGCUGGAUCCAUUCUUAACUCCUAUGUGCCCCUUGACAGAGAUGGGAACAGCAUGGAGGUCCAGGUUGACAUUGAAUCCAAGCCUAGCAAACUACGGCACCACAGUGGCAGCAGCAGUGUAGAUGACGGCAGCCAUGUUGGCCGCUGUGGCUGGGUCUGCCCCUCCAACGGCUGCACCUCCUCAGAAGGCAAGGGAACCUCUGCCAAGUGGGCCAAAGAGAGCUGCUGCUCCUCAUCCACGUCGGGGGGGAAAAAGAGCAAAGGCAAGCUGCGCAAAAAAGGCUGCGGAGGCACCAAGAUCAACGAGACGCGGGAAGACAUGGACGCUCAGCUGCUGGAGCAGCGUAGCACCAACUCAUCGGAGUUCGACUCCCCUUCACUGAGCGGCAGCCUGCCCUCGGUGGCCGACUCCCACUCCAGCCACUUCUCGGAGUUCAGCUGUUCCGACCUGGAGAGCAUGAAGACGUCCUGUAGCCACGGCUCCAGCGGGGGCGAUUACCACACUCGCUUCGCCACGGUCAGUCCCUUGCCCGAGGUGGAGAACGACCGCUUGGAGACCUGCCCCGCUUCUUCAUCCUCCUUCACCCAGGGACAAGGAGCUGUGAUCACUCCCCACUCGCCAACCUCCACCACCUCCUCCCUGGGCCACGGCGCGGAGCUUUCCCCUCGGUGCGUCAUCGCAGAGGAGAACGUCAACCUGUGCCCCAGUGAACUGGACCCUCACAGCGUCACCGGAGAGCUGCUGAAAGAAACCAACAACAACCAUCAACCACAACAGCAGCCUAAGAACUCAUGUAUACAGACUGACAUAUAAGAUCUCAAUACCUUAAGUGCUGCACAGACGCAGAUUUUAUUUAACAUUCUUUCAUCCACUCAACUAACAAUCCUAGUUUACCAUUUAACCUGUAUUUUCUGUUAUUCCUCCAUAAGAGGGAUGUGCUAUUUUGAAAAGCCUGUCCUUUAUAACUAGCAAACCUUUAAGUAAAACAGUACCGUCAGAAAGGCUCGUAGAGUGGAGUGAGCGACCUGCUGACAGGUUCUCCACAGUUCACGCUCACGGGCCACUCGUCACACUGACUUGGCUGCUGUCACAUCAAUCUGUGUAGGGUAAAGAAAACCACUGUGCCAGAUUUGCAAGUAUUUGACUUUUCGGGCUCUACAAUGCAGAUGCAGCCCCGAGUAGGAGUCUUGUUGUUACAGUUUUCCACUAGUUCACUCAAACAGGGACCAGGCAAUAUGAGUCACUAUUUCCUCUUUAUUUUUCCAUGCGACACUGAGAGAGGAACCUUCGUGUUCUCGUCUGCAGUUGUUUUACUUUGCCCCCUGUAUGUUUGUUUGAAAUCCACCCUCAGCUGUAUAAUUAGAAGGCCUUUACUGGACAUCCUGAAUCAUUUUAGCAGUAAAAUCGAUGGGUCUCUUUUGAUGGACUCGCACAUAGAUGUAGUCCCACUGUGUGGGCUGGUGUUUGGCAACCACUGAGUUUAGACUUGUAGCCUAAAACUUUCAGUGCAUUCUUUUAGUGCUAAAAUGACUUGGAAGCACAGGUUUAUUUCUGUGGAGGGACUUGGUAAGAUGCCAGGUCUCUGGAAGGCCACAGCUGUCGAUGUAACACUGAAAGUCAUGAUUACAUGAACCAGUGGGUCAGUUCUGUGAAACUCUACAAAUCAAAUGUUUCUGUCCUGUUAAACAGUGACAUAUUGACAGAUGGUCUCGCCUCACUGAGUGAAGAGAGCUUUGACAUCUUUCUUUGUCAACUCACGGUGCCUUCAAGAAGCUGUUCAUGUUUGUCUUUCUCUCCACUGUGUCUCAAAAGAACAGCAGCUGUUAUAGGUCACAGAAUGUCUGUGUUGGAACGAGGCACAUUCACACACACAUGAAACCCAGACUUUUGAGUAGCCUACCAAAGACAUCUCUCAGGCUCUUGUUCAGUCUUAUACCUUUUGACUUGUAACCUGUUGACACAGAGAAGACCAGCUUUCUACAGACACACGAACUGAUGUUCCCAACAUGCUUCACAAAUACUCUACACAAGUAAGUGAGGCCGAGGCAACUGCACUGUUACCUGUAUUACUGUUCUGCACUGCACAAGGUUCAUAGGAAUGCAUAGGUUUCAAGGGGUUACAUUCUCUGUUGAUUUGUCCUGUGACUCCUGUUUUGUGCUGCCAAUCGGUGCUGCUGACCAGACUUGAAGUCAGUUUCUGUUCUCAACUUUUCCUUUUAUAGUGUUUGCCUAAGCCUGUCUUUUCCACUCAGUGCUCUGCUUUGUUUGAGACCACUGAGUCGGUUCAGAUGCACCCACUACUAUGUAGGUAAAAGCAUCUUGAAUGGUGUUUCGACCCAGGUCUGUUAGUGAAUGAACACUAGGUUUGGUUGGAUGAGGCUACUUGCUGCAGUCCUCACCCCUCAUUAAAACAAAAGGUUUUGUUCCUUCACCCAGAUUCUGUAUUCUCUUUUUUUUUUACCAAAUGUCUAGUUUCUUGUUUCUAAUUUCAACACUAGUGCCAGAUAUAAUUCGUGCAGAAAGGCAUAAGGUAUUUGUAUAUUUGUUUGGUAAUUUGCUUUACAAUAUGCGUGUAAAUGCAUAUCACAAAAUAAAAAAGUAUGUAUCAAAA